UCAGUCCUCAUACAGUGUCAUACAGACGUGCCAAGUGGAAACAUGGAACACGAUGGCGUCGAAGGAUGGUGGUGGCUCAGCCAACAACAACCCCCAUCCAUUGCAGCUGCAUGCGCAAAUCGAUGCUUUGUUUCGGAAUUCCGAGCCUCCUACCUGCAUCAAAGUACCUGAAAAAGUCUGAAAGUGGGAACGGCGCAAAGGGCUGCCAUGUCUCCUUCAAGGUGGCCAGACAUAUUGCACUUUUUGCAGCGUGGCUAUGAGAAAUGCACCUUCGAGGGCCGGGCCGAGAUUCAGCUGCGGUUGAGGAGGCUUUUGCAUGAGUGUGUCUUCACAGGUAGCAAAAACCAAGCUGCCUGGGAAGAGGCUUUGGUGCGCCCUUUGGUAGCUGAGGCUUCUGCGCUCCGUGAAGGGAACACUUGGAGCAGUGUCCUUACGUUUGCCGCUACGCUGGAGACUCAACACCUACUGGCGGCCGUCAGCCAUGGUUUUGCAUUGGCAGUUAGGGCGCCGGUGGUGUGGGAAGGGCACGAUGUGAGCUUCCAGGAGAAGCAUUUCAAUGGCUUAAAUCGUCGCGGCUGGUGCAGGGCGUUAGCCUUACUGCCAUGCUUGGUUCGCGCCAGGAGCUUGCGACUCAGCAGCUUCCGUGACAGCAACUUGCAGCUAUUUGCGGCCUCAACAUUGCAGAGAGCCUCCCGGGAGUUUUGCUCGCAGGUCGUCGUUUUGCCGUACAGCUUUUGCAAGGAACAUUGCGGUGAACACAUCGACCUUCCUUCUCCUCGGCAUUUGGGGGCACAAAGGCGCACGGAUGCCCGCAAGAAGGGUGGCGGCUUGCUGCUGGGCACUGGGCCUUUGCAAUGGGAUGAGGAGAAUUCGCGAAGCUUUGCAGUGCGCUUAGAGGUGCUCUCACCUGGCGAGCGUUUGGACAUUGGUGUGACAGCACAGGCACCCUUUGCGCACUUUGCAUCGGAAGCGACAGGGCGCCGCCGGCCACAGGUGGCCUUUGCUGAGGAUUUGCUCAGCAGCUGGGUGGUUGAGUCCUCGGGGCUUUUGGUUGGAAGCCAUGCAGGCUUGCGGAUCCGAGACGAGCGUUGGAAUGCCCGCAGUCUUUGCGCCGGAGACCUUGUCAGGCUAACAGUCAUGAUGAACGGCGAACUGCACUUGUCGGUCAAUGGCGACUCUGUGGCAAUGUGGCGGGCACAGAUUCCUUGCCGGAUUCCUAUCUUCCCUGUGGUCGAUCUUUUUGAAGGCGCCCCACAGAUUCGAUUAGAACCUUUAAAUUUCGAUGGAAAAUAA